AAAGCGAUUAUCGGCAAUUCGCGAACAGCUCGAUAUCUAUACACGCGAGCGACGACAGGCUCGGAAUUAGGAGCGUGCGAACGAGGGCACCGUGGAGGGCACCGUGGAGGGCAUCGCAUGAGAACCCGCCCAGCGUCGUGCUGCCGCACAGCAAUGUAUCGACAAACUAAAUAAUCGACGUCAAAAGCUGUCAAAUAUGGCGAGGGGCAGCGAGAGAGAGCGGUAAUUGACAUGUAAAAAUGUGAAUGGCUCCGCCGCGGCCCGCACUGUGAUCUGCGCUUCGAUCGGGUGGGUGGGUCGCGCGCUCGUGGCCGACGAUCGCGGUGUCCUCGCGUGCGUGGAUCCGGGCUCACGCGGACGACGACGGCGACGACGACAACGACGAUCGACGACGAUGUCGGGCCCGUCGCCGGCGCCUGUCGAAUGCCGGAAGUGAAGUGUUUUCCGGCGCGACCGCGAGGGCAGUCCGAACCAGGAGCCAGACAGGGCUCUACACGCAGACCCGGGAAGGAGGGGCAUGGUAUGGUAAUCAGCGGACAAACGCUAUGGGCGCUCAACAGACCAAGGACAGGGUGAUCCCCGCCGGGUCCACCGUGCGCCAGACACGCAAGCAGCCCAGAAACCUCAAAGAUACGCGCGUCAUAGGCUCUAACAUAUUCACUGAGCACAGCGAGGCACUUUUGCAAAGUAGACCUCUACCUCACAUUCCAGCAUUGCCAGAAGGUGAUCCCCCAAGUGGUUCUAGUGUUCAAUCAAUUUCACAGCAAGCUAACAUUCAACAGCACGCCAGUGUAUCCGCUAGCGGACUUCUUGAAGCAGCAAAUAGAUGGACUAGCAAGGAAAACCUCUUAGCACAAGAGGAGGAUGAUCCUCAAUUAUUUGUUGCCUUGUAUGAUUUUCAAGCUGGUGGGGAGAAUCAACUUAGUUUGAAAAAGGGUGAACAAGUACGUAUCCUAAGUUAUAAUAAAAGCGGAGAAUGGUGCGAGGCUCAUUCGAGCUCUGGGCAAGUGGGAUGGGUACCAUCGAAUUACGUUACACCCGUGAACUCCUUGGAAAAACACUCUUGGUACCAUGGGAGGAUAUCUAGGAAUGCUGCAGAGUAUUUGCUGAGUUCAGGGAUAAAUGGUAGUUUUCUUGUACGGGAAUCGGAGAGCAGUCCCGGGCAACGUAGCAUCUCUUUGAGAUACGAGGGUCGAGUGUAUCACUAUAGGAUCAACGAAGAUAGCGAAGGAAAGAUGUUCGUCACAACGGAAAGCAAAUUCAACACGUUAGCUGAGUUAGUGCAUCAUCAUUCAAUGCUUGCUGAUGGCCUUAUAACGCAACUGCUUUACCCUGCACCAAAGCAUAAUAAGCCUACCGUCUUCCCUUUGAGUCCGGAGCCGGACGAAUGGGAGAUUAACAGGACGGACAUAGUAAUGAGACAUAAGUUAGGAGGCGGCCAAUACGGCGAUGUGUAUGAAGCAGUCUGGAAGAGAUACAACAUGACCGUAGCGGUUAAAACUCUGAAGGAGGAUACGAUGGCAUUGAAGGAUUUUCUAGAGGAAGCGGCUAUCAUGAAGGAAAUGAAACAUCGAAAUCUGGUACAAUUAUUGGGAGUUUGUACACGUGAACCACCGUUCUACAUCAUCACGGAAUUCAUGAGCAAAGGAAAUCUCCUGGAUUACCUGCGAAACGAGAGUAAGCAUCAGAUUAACGCUGUAGUUCUGAUGCACAUGGCUACACAGAUUGCGAGCGGCAUGAGUUAUUUAGAGAGUAGAAACUUCAUUCAUCGUGACUUGGCGGCCAGGAAUUGUCUGGUCGGCGAAAACCAUCUUGUUAAGGUUGCAGAUUUCGGUCUAGCUCGUCUUAUGAGAGACGAUACGUACACAGCCCAUGCAGGGGCGAAAUUUCCUAUAAAAUGGACUGCACCAGAAGGUUUAGCAUAUAAUAAAUUCUCCACAAAGUCUGAUGUAUGGGCAUUCGGUAUCUUAUUAUGGGAGAUUGCCACUUAUGGAAUGUCCCCUUAUCCUGGUGUCGAUCUAACGGACGUUUAUCACAUGUUGGAAAAAGGCUAUCGAAUGGAAUGUCCUCCCGGUUGUCCAACAAAAGUUUAUGAUCUGAUGCGUCAGUGCUGGCAGUGGUCAGCGGCAGAACGGCCAACUUUUAAGGAAAUACACCUUUCAUUAGAAAAUAUGUUUCAAGAAUCUAGUAUUACCGAAGAGGUAGAGAAGCAACUUCAAGGUGGCGGGGAAAUUCCAUUGCUAGCAUACAAAAAAUCGCAGACUGGAAGUACAGGAAAUAUACAUGGACUUGUUCUUGUAUCUGAGCAAUUAUCUUCUUCCGGCAUAACGCAAGAAGGAGCCAGCUCGGUCACCAAGUUAAGUACUUUUAUGGGAGGUUUGUCAAGUAGGAGUAAUAGUAAUAUGGUUCAAAUGCGAAGAUCUACCAAUAAAAAAGGAAAACAGGCACCAGCACCUCCUAAGCGAACAAGCUUGCUAUCAUCGUGCAGUUCUUUUCGAGAUUCUGCCUAUCAAGAACAAGAUCAGCAAAAUGUUGAAGUGAGCACUAUGACGCUUGACGAUGGCACAGAUCUAAAUGGUAUUGAUAAAAUUUUUGAAGGUAUCACACGUGAUCUCGUGACAAUGGCUACACAGUCAAUUACUACAGGAGGUUGCGAUAUGGACGACGACGGAGAUGGGUCGCAAGGGACAGCAGAACAUAACUUUGUUCCUCAACCGUCAACCUCGCCGGAACCAGUAUCCAACUUACCAUGCAAUCAGAAACAAAUUAAAUCUCGACCUUACACGUCUAAGGAAGUACUGCCUCAGAAGCUGGUCCACGUGGGUGCGCUGGAGGUGCAAAAUGUUAAAAGGGCGAUCAACCGCUACGGCACUCUGCCAAAAGGAGCCAGAAUCGGGGCAUAUUUGGAAUCUUUACGACAAAGCGGUAUGCCGCCGAAUCAGGAGAAUAUCGCCACGUCCUCUUUAUCCAAUGCAGUCAUAGAACAGCAGCAGCAAGAUAUCAUCACCGCGAGUGUUGUCGAUGUGAUCCCGCAGCACCGUUCCCUUUCACCUCGCCAGAACAAUUUACGCAAUCAACCACAGAUGACGCGUAGCAAUUCUUCGAGUGGAGUGGUGAAUACCUAUCAGCCGCCGAAUUCACCUCGCAGCCGUGCCGUAGGUAUCAGGAAGACCAAUACGGAAGGGAUCGGCUUGCGAACUUUUCGAGCGCCGAACAAUUCUAGCUUCCGUACCGCCAGCCCGUCGAGAUCAAUUCAGCCAACUCUGGCUGAUCUGGAGUUUCCACCACCACCGGUGGAUCUACCACCUCCUCCGGACGAAGCCUUCGAUCACUGUGACUUGCCGCCACCUGUCACAACGGCGUCACCAUGCGAGCCAUCCUCUUCUCACACGAAGAUAGCGAGCUCGCCAGUUGGCCUUAGGAAAGUGAAAACAGAAUGGCGGAGCAAAGACGAGAUCAGCGAUCACGAUCAGGACGAUAGAAAUAAUGACGUGAGAAACGCGGAGCCAUCAGUGAAGGAGGCUAGUUCGCGAUUCGGCGUGAAUCUGCGACGCCGGGAAACGACUGCCGGCGAUGCGCAUUGCGGUAGCGGCGGCGGCAUUGGUAAGUCCGUGGACGAGAAGAAAUUAGUUUAUAGACCAAAGGAAACGACGAGCAGUGGUACGAUCAAAACAGAAUCGUUGGACGCGACGAUCGUGGCACCCGAGGAGGCGCCACCGCCGCCUCCACCACCGCCGCCGCCUAUCGACGGUGCCGUAAUCGGAACCGGUACCACCGAUCCCUUCGAAUCCAAACCUGGCAUGAAGGAGAUGCUGGAGCUCAAGCUGAUCAACGAGAUCAAGCAGAGUGCAGACAUGAAACACGGUGGUACCGGCUUCGCGAAGAAGACUGGUAGCGUCGCUAGUAGCAACGCGCCUCUGUCGGCGGCACCGCUCGACCCGGCGUCGCAGCUUCUAUCCGAGUUGUGCGCCAGCUUCAGCAUGGAUUCCGCCAAUAAGCAGCAUAUCGUCCCGAGCGAGUACGCGAUCUCGAUGUUGAAAAGCAAUGACGUAUCCAAUGUUCAGGAACACGUUCACACGAACAUGUUGGGCGCGCACACUGAGAGGAGCAGCGGCCACAAGGAGAUCCCGAUGACCUCGCCGAUUACGGAAGGCCAUGUAUUGAGUGCUGCUAGCGUAGGUUUCAAAUUGAAGAAGGUAGACAAGAGAAGUAAUCCACAGAGGGAAGAGAAUCCGGACAGUCAAAUAAUCGACUUCAAGGCUCGGUUGCGAAAGGUGGAUAACACUGACAAGGAGAGGGCCGUGGCGGACGAGAAGAGCAAGUCGUCGCGUUUCGACGACUGCACGCAGGGAAGUAACAUCGCGGAUUCGGCGGAUUCGUCAUCCGGCGUGGAUGAUAUGAACGAUGACAAGCGCCGCAGCACCGGUAGUAUUAGUAGCCUAAAAAAAUUGUGGGAGAACAAAGAGGCUUCUUGUGAUAACCAACCACUUAGUCCUAAAUUAAAUGUGAGAGGGGCGAGUAGCAAACAGGAUAUCGGUGACAUUGCAAGCGAGGACUCUCCAGAGGAUCAUAGCGGUGCCUCGACCAGAAGCUCGACCAGCAAAGGCGAUCCGCGAAUAUGGCCUCCGACCUCGUCAUCCUCAGUAACCUUGGAAAUGGAAAAGCCGAUCGUACCGGCCAAACCGUUGAAACCACUCGGACCCUCCAGCAAACAUUUUGGUUCCUCGAUAUACGCCACGCCGAAUUGCAACAAGUCGUCGCAGAGCGACGACGACGGCAGCAAGCAGACCAGCGGCGAAAUGACGAAAGGGGCGAAGCAUAGCGUGAUGGAAAUUUCGAACGUUAUAGAAAAUAGCAUUUUGAAUCUGAAGGGUAGUCCCACCAUAGUUAUGGCUAGCUGGCUACAGCUUUCUGACAAGGUCGGCCUGCUUCACGGCAUGUGCGUCAACCUAACGGACACGGCAAUCGCGCCGCAUGCGAGAUUCCAAUUUCGCGACCUGCUCACCCGGCUCGAGCUGCAGGCGAGACAGCUGCGAGCUGCCGGCACACGCAACAUCACCGAGAAUACGAGACUCUUGUGUGAUGUGCAGAAUACGAUAAAGGACGUGAUAAACACGGUGCAAAGGUAAAGCCGCACCGGGCCGGCUGAAAAAUCAAAACGAGCAUCUUGCCCUGCGAGUUUUCCCUGCACUCCAUCACCCUAUCCCUGUGAUGUACCCCGAUCGCAGAAGUCAUCACUCUCGUCCCUCCUAUCUCUUUCUCUCUCUAUCUCGCAUCCGCAUGUGGACGUAUAGUAUACAUAUAAAUUUAUAUAAAUAUAUAUCUAAGUCACUAAGUAAGGUUUUAUCAAGGAAUGAAAUCUUUUUUGAAAGCAUAGCAAUUAAUCUACGCGAGCGAAUAAGAGUGAACUUAAUGUGAAUAAGUCUUUAAUCGAUAAUACGACUGCAUGAUUGUUAGAGGAAUUAAUCCAAAGUUGCAUGAAUCGUCGGUGACACUUCUCGACACGCAGUCACAUAGGAACACAACAUGUACGAGAUAAAACACAAUUCGUACGAGAUCCUAUAUAUACGCAGUAAAUUCUAUAAGUUCGUAUAUAUUUACAUCUCUCUGCCUGCAUACCAUCCAUGCGUUUUUUUUGGAAGAUCUUUAAGAGACCGCUAUGAUCAGCGUGUACAACGUCACAGGCCUGGCAGGAAUACGGCCUUAAAACGAGAAGUAAACGUAUACACCAUUGCAUGAUUGAAUUUUUAUGUCGAGACGUAACGACGGUUUUCAUAUACGGUAGUAAAUGUGAUGAUUAUAAUUACUGUAUGGAAUAACCGAUGAAGCAAAUUCUCAGUAGUAUAUAAUCGGCGUAUUGGCAUGAUUGAAUGGUGGCAUAUUAAACGCGAAAAAAUGAGUCGCGUCGCGGACGCGAAAAUAUCGAACGCGCUAAACUCUAUAUCCUCGAAUCGCUUACGUAUCGCGUAUAUAUAAAUCGUUUCGUUUUACAUGUAAUUUUAUACACACAUCGUGCUUAGUAUAUAUAUAUAUAUUAUACGCGAGAUUUUUAGAUUAGACUAUAUAUAUAAAUACGGACAACACACCUAAACAUAAGCCGUUUCAUGUGUACUGUGGGACAAUAUAAACGAUUUUGUAUUUGUAUAGAGUAAGUUGGAUAUAACAGCUAUACACAACGCGAAUCGAUUACGCCUACACGUAAAAUUAUAUUCAAAACAAACCACAAAAUCGAAUGUAAUUAAUCAAACAAUUUUUGAGUGUCGUGUGCUUUGUUCUUAUCCAGGAUGGUAUGGUUCUUCCAAAAGCACAAUAGCGGAAAUAUUCGCCUGAAGACAUCCAUGUGUGAACGAUUCAGUAACAGUUAAUUUAUGGAAAGUGUGUCUCCGAUAGACACGUUAUAGAUGAACUGAGAGAGCCAAAACAAAGUAAAGGAGUAUUUAUACUGGCCGUAACCGUAUGCCGUAAUCUGUAAGAAUCAAUUAAUCAAAUAUUCCUCUUUUACAGCCGAAUAAGAGGAGAAUACUCGACUGUGAUUAGUCAAUUCUUAUUGAUUACGGCAUACGAUUACGGCCAGUAUAAAUGUUCCUAAAUGGACAAAUAAUAAUAUACGAUACGUAUUAUCUGUGUCUGUACAGUAUUUUCUCUACAUGCUGUCGUAUGCAAUGAAGUUUGUAAACAUCAUGCAUUUGUUACUCGCACUUAUUCUUCUGUAUUGUCAUUCAUAUAUCGCAUACGUUUUACAUCUUUUAGAUAAAGAAACAAAAAGAAAAGAGUAAGCUUUAGUAAGUAUUAUAUAUGCAGUUAAAUUUCUGUUAUUUAUGAUGACGUAAUGUUAUAUAGUUCUACGCAGAUGCUUGUUAACGUCGCUGUAUGCAUCCCCGCGAAAGGAACAAAUAAGUUAAGUUUUGUAGUUUGUAUAAUAAUACAUCGACUGUAAAGCUAUUAUCCCUACGAUAGUAUACCGGAUUGAUUUUAUGGAGGUUUUCAGGCUUAUACUUCGUUCGGCUUGAUUGUGCUCUCGAUACUAAAAGAGAAUGCAAUAGAGGAAAUAAGUCAUCGAUGAACUGUUUCUUAUGACACACUGCCUAUAUUAUAUGUUACAGCUAGUAGUAUACAUAUUGAAUUCACUAGUACUCUUAAUCAUGUAAAUGUAUUUCUUCUUUUGAUCCAAUAUCUCGAAUUUCUUUAUAUUUUGUACCUGUGAUAAAAUAAUCAAGCUCUUUCUCUUCUUUUCAUCAAAAGAAUCAUGCUCAACAGAAACGAUAAUAGUUAUACGAAUAAAUUUUAGU